CUGACGCAGAGAGCCUGAGGCGGCGGCGGCGGCGGCUGCAGCCCGCGUCCGAGGCUCGCGGGCUGCCGGCCCCGGUGAGUGGACACCCGGUGCGCGGCGGAGCUCCCGUUCGGUGUCACUCUGUCCCGCUGCAGCCGAGAUGCCCCGGGGAGCGGGGCCCUCCACACCCCCUCCGUGGGCGUGUGGACUGUGCACCAUGGAUGAUUUUGCCGAGGGAGAUUUUGCUGUAGGGGAUUAUGCCUUUUUAGGAGAUUGCCCUUGCGAGGAAGAUAGUGUCUUUGCUCCUGGAUUUAUGGCUGACGAGUAUGUUCGCGUGACUCAGCUUUUCUGUGAUGGGGUGGGCAUGCGGUAUAAAGAUUAUGCCCAAAUUGAAAGAAAUUUAGAAUUUGACAUCUGUACUAUAUGGUGUAGUAAACCCAUUUCUGUCCUGCAAGAUUACUGUGAUGCCAUUAAAGUAUACCUCUUAUGGCCGCUUCUGUUUCAGCACCCACAUAAUUCUGUUUUAUCACGAUUGCAUCCCUGCGUAGAGAAUGCUAAUUUUAGUGCUGCUGAGUUAAGUUUGAAGAAAUUACAACAUCUUGAGUUGAUGGAAGAUAUUGUGGAUUUGGCAAAAAAAGUUGCGAAUGAUCCAUUCCUUAUUGAAGGCUUAUUGAAAAUUGGUUAUAAAAUAGAAAAUAAAAUCUUGGCAAUGGAAGAAGCUAUAAAUUGGAUAAAAUAUACAGGCGAUGUAACAAUUCUACCUAAAUUAGGAUCAGUCGACAAUUGUUGGCCUAUGUUAAGUGUUUUCUUUACUGAAUACAAGUUUUAUAUAACUAAAGCUGUAACAGAAAACUGCAAUUUGCUUGAAGAAUUUAAAACCAGAAGUUGUAUGGAUUGUAUAGAGCAAGGAGAACUAAUGAAAAUGAAAGGAAAUGAAGAGUUUGCUAAAGGAAGAUUUGAUUUAGCUAUUAUCUAUUACACCAGAGCCAUUGAAUAUAGACCCGAAAACCAUCUACUGUAUGGUAACAGAGCUCUUUGUUUUCUUCAUACUGGACAGUUUAGAAAUGCAGUUGGCGAUGGAAAGAGAGCCAUUAUUCUGAAGAACAGUUGGCCCAAGGGUCAUUAUCGUUAUUGUGAUGCUCUUUCUAUGCUGGGGGAAUAUGACUGGGCCCUGCAAGCAAAUAUAAAAGCUCAAAAACUCUGUAAAAAUGACCCUGAGGGAAUCAAGGAUCUAAUUCAGCAGCAUGUAAAGUUACAAAAACAAAUAGAAGACCUACAAGGUCGAACAACAACAAAGAAUCCGAUCAAAGCCUUUUAUGAAAGCAGGGCCGGUACACCUAGGACCUUCCCAGCACCCACGUUUAGCACUUCACUUAACUUUGUGGAGAUGGAAAGAGAUUUCAGAAAAACUAACUACACAAUGGCAGGGGGUGGUAAUCACAGCAUAAAGGCGGUAGAUGAGGCAAUAAAAGUGGAUGGCUGUGAGUGUCAUCCUGAAUUUACUGCUCCACCAAGUCAACCUCCAAAACACAAAGGGAAACAGAAAUCUCGAAACAACGAAUCCGAGAAGUUCAGUUCUGGUUCACAGUUGGCAUUACCAAUAGACUUGAAAGCCCUCUUGGAGAAACAAUUUUCUAAAUCUUCCAGAGCUGCAAGCCAGGAUUUUGCUAAUAUAAUGAAAAUGCUGAGAAGCUUAAUUCAGGAUGGUUAUACAGCGUUGUUGGAGCAGCGUUGCCGUAGUGCUGCACAGUCCUUCACAGAGCUGCUGAAUGGCUUAGAUCCCCAAAAAAUAAAGCAAUUGAACCUGGCCAUGAUUAACUAUGUCUUGGUAGUCUAUGGACUUGCUAUUUCUCUCCUUGGAAUAGGACAGCCUGAGGAAUUAUCUGAAGCUGAAAACCAGUUUAAAAGGAUUGUUGAACACUACCCCAAUGAAGGACUUGAUUGCCUGGCCUACUGUGGAAUUGGAAAAGUAUACUUGAAAAAAAACAGGUUUCUAGAAGCCCUGAAUCACUUUGAGAAGGCAAAAACCUUGAUUUGCCGUCUUCCGGGAGUGCUAACUUGGCCUACAAGUAAUGUGGUUAUUGAAGAGUCUCAUCCGGAGAAAGUGAAGAUGCUGAUAGAGAAAUUUGUUGAAGAAUGCAGGUUCCCUCCAGUGCCUGAUGCCAUUUGUUGCUAUCAGAAAUGCCGUGGAUAUUCCAAAAUCCAAAUAUACAUCACUGAUCCUGACUUUAAAGGUUUUAUACGAAUCAGCUGUUGCCAGUACUGUAAAAUAGAAUUCCACAUGAACUGCUGGAAGAAGUUGAAAACAACCACCUUUAAUGAUAAAAUUGACAAGGAUUUUCUACAAGGAAUUUGUCUUACUCCUGACUGUGAAGGUAUCAUUUCCAAGAUCAUCAUCUUCAGCAGUGGUGGUCAAGUUAAAUGUGAAUUUGAACACAAGGUGACGAAAGCAAAGGUUCCUCGAAGACCUAUCCUGAAGCAGAAAUGUUCUAGCCUCGAGAAGUUAAGAUUGAAAGAAGACAAAAAGAUUAAGAGAAAGAUCCAGAAACAAGAAGCAAAGAAGUUGGCACAAGAGAGGAUGGAAGAGGACUUAAGAGAAAGCAGUCAACCCAGAAAUGAGGAGCAGAAAGCACCGACAGGCCACGUUCAGAACUGUCAGUUCCUUGAUGAUAGAAUUCUACAGUGCAUAAAGCAGUAUGCUGACAAGAUUCAGUCUGGUGUUCUGAAUACUUCCAAGCUUCUCAAAGAACUGCUUUCUUGGAAAGUCCUCAGCACAGAAAACUAUACAACCUGUUUCUCCAGCAAAAACUUUCUAAAUGAAGCAGUGGACUAUGUCAUUCGUCACUUGGUUCAAGAAAAGAACAGAGUAAAAACAAGGAUAUUUCUCCAUGUCUUGAGUGAGCUUAAAGAAGUGGAGCCCAAAUUAGCCACCUGGAUCCAGAAACUAAACGGCUUUGGCUUAGACGCCACAGGACAUUUUCUUUCUCGUUACCGAGCGUCCCUUAAAGAGCUCGAUUUUAGCAUCCUCCCUUUCCUGUGGAGUGAGAAAUAUGGCCAUAAGCUGAAGUCCAUCCAGGGGAAGCAGCUGGAUUACUUCUGCCAGCCCACGUCAUUGAAGGAAGCACGCUGCUUAAUAUGGCUGCUCGAAGAACACAGAGACAAGUUCCCGGCCCUCCACAGUGCUUUAGAUGAGUUCUUUGAUAUAAUGGAUAGCCGCUGUACUAUACUACGGAAACAAGACAGCGGGGAAACUCCAUUAAGUUCUACUAAGGUGAAAAACAAAGGCAAGAAAAAGAAGCCAAAAGAUUCAAAGCCUAUGCUGGUUGGGUCUGGAAAAACUUCAGUCACACCAAACAAUGAGACUGCCACUUCGGGGGAAGACCGUAAGCGCAGUUCAGGCUCUGCUGGCCCGUUUGCUGUGCCUGCCCAUCUUCGGCAAGACGUGGAAGAGUUUGAAGCUCUCUAUGACCAGCACAGUAAUGAAUAUGUUGUUCGCAACAAGAAGGUGUGGGAAAUUAACCCAAAGCAAAAAUCUUCCACUCUAUAUGAUUACUUCUCUCAGCUGUUGGAAGAACACGGUCCCUUGGACAUGAGUAACAAGAUGUUCUCUGAAGAAUAUGAGUUUUUCCCAGAAGAAACUCGACAGAUACUACAGAAAGCAGGAGGUUUAAAAUCUUUUCUUCUGGGGUGCCCUCGUUUUGUUGUGAUUGACAACUGUAUUGCAUUGAGGAAAGUUGCGUUACGACUCAAGAAAAAAAGAAAGAAGAAGAAUUUUAAAGCUAAAGUGGAAGAAAUUUCAAAAACAGGAGAAUAUUUGCAAGCCAAACUGCCACUGAAUCCAGCUGCUAGGGAAUUUAAACCAGAUGUGAAGUCCAGCACUGUGUCUGAUGUCCCCAUAGCCCCAGCCUCGGAGGAUGCAAAGCCCACGCCUGUGUCUGCCAGUUGCCCCCAAACAGCCUGUGCUGAUGGAAAGCCCACACAGGCCUCAGAGCAGCACUCUUCCCAGCCACUUCCUGAGAAUGGGCACCCCAAGGGUCCCCCCUCCAACUCUCCCAAGCACAUUGUUGAGGAGACGAAUCACAAGCGAGUCUCCUCACAUUCUCCCAAACCAGUUUCUGAAGACAUGAAACCAACCUACUGGACUCAAUCCCAUUUGGUCACAGGGUACUGUACCUAUCUUCCUUUUCAGGGAUUUGACAUUACCCAGACACCACCAGCAUACAUAAACGUCCUACCGAGUUUGACCCAGUACACUGCCAUCUACACACCUCUGCCCAGUAUUGCUUCCGAGUACCAGCUGCAAAGAUCAGUAGCGGCAGUGCCAGCUUUUGUAGCCAGUGACACAGCAGAUAGAAAUGCUGCUGUGGAUUUUGAGGGUUGUCCUAUGAAUCCUGAGCAAUCUGCCGGGCACCAGCCUCCCCUGGAGCAGUCUGUGAAGUCACAGCAUAGCAUGGGUGAUGCUGAUCUGUCCUCAAGCAAGUCUCAUGGAAGGGAUGGGCACUGUGCGAACCCUAGCAUGUGUGAGACAUGUGCAGAACAUGCCAGUGAAGUGGCAGAUACUCCAAAGACACAGUCGGUUGGCACACAGGUGUCUUGGAGCAUAAUACACCAAGAAGUCAACACUGAGCCGUAUGAGCCUAUUGAGACACAGCAGGGGGAUAUUUCACGCAUUGAAAAAGAGUACUAUCUACUACAAGAGCAGUUUCAGGAGGCAUACGAAAAGUAUGAGCAGAUAAAACUCAAGGGCUUGGAAGAGACCAAGGACCUGGAAGAAAAGCUGAAAAGGAACUUAGAAGAAAACAAGAUCUCAAAGACAGAAUUAGAUUGGUUCCACCAAGAUUUGGAAAGAGAAAUUAAAAAAUGGCAACAAGAGAAAAGAGAAAUCCAAGAAAGACUAAAAUCACUGAAGAAGAAAAUCAAAAAGCUCUUACAUGCCAGUGAGAUGUCUACCCAGAAAAAUGAUGGAGCAAAUGAGGAGUGUGACUCACGUGUGGAUCAGUCUCCUGAAAUCAGUAAUACGUUUAUGAACAAGAAAAUGAAAAUGGAAGAGUGUGUAAAGAAAGGGAAAGAGCAUUACGAAGAGAGCCAGCAGAGAGCGGUGGCCGCAGAGGUGUCUGUGCUUGAGAACUGGAAAGAGCGUGAGGUGUAUAAGCUGCAGGCCGUGGGAGCCCGGGCUGAGGCCUACCUCAAGAACCUGGAGCAGAAGCGCAGUGACUCUGCAGCAGGUCCUAACAUAGACUCUGAUAUACGUGCAUGGAAAUCAUUUCUUUCUAAAGUUGCAGAUGAAGUUAAGAAAACAAAGUCUCACUUUGAAGAACAAAUUAAGGCCAUUAAAAAUGGUACUCCGCUCAGUGAGCUUUCUCAGGGGCAGGCUUCUGGGCUUUCUCUUCCUCCCUGUACCAAGAUGGGCCCUAAGGUGCCCCCGGAGCCUUCAGGCCACGCAGAUGGAGGGUCUGUGGUUUCUGCAAGUAGCAGCCCUGGAAACCAAGUCACAGACCACAAGGAUUCCAACUUACUUUCUGCCGAUGCUCGCCCAGUGGAGGUUCCUUCUACCCCAGAGAAAUUGUCCUGUGGCCAGCCAGAGGCCACUGAGCUGGCAGGGCCCAAGAGGACUGGCUCGGGUCCUGCAGAACAAAGCCCAGAGGCUGGUGAGAAGCUGCCUGCUGCUCUGGGACAGGCUCCGGAGAAGCCGUCCAGCAGCAUCAUCGAGCAGCUGGCAGUGGUGUUCCCCUGCUAUAGCAGCACUGAGCUCGCCGGCUUCGUUAAAAGAGCACGGAACAAAAGCAAGAACUCACAGUCAGGACUGAGCGCCGGGGAGGUUAUCCAGAGGGUGACAGAACACAUUCUUGAUGAACAGAACAAGAAAAAGCCAAAUCCAGGAAAAGGCAAGAGGACUGUGGAGGCCAGCUCUGCUGCAUCUGCAACCCCAGCCUCCCCGAGCCCAGCCUCGGGGGCUGGGGGAUCAUCAGCACCCAGGACCGAGGAGCAGAAGACAGGAGAUGCCCCUGCGAGUAUUGCACCUGAUCCAGGUUCCUGUCAAGUAUGCCAUGAGGUGUUCAAAUCCAAGAAUAUGCGGGUGCUGAAAUGCGGACACAAGUUCCACAAGGGGUGCCUUAAGCAGUGGCUGAAAGGGCGGGACUCCUGCUCUGCCUGUCCCAAGUGCGACCUCCAGGCAGAAGAGUAGCCGCACCUUGUGGAAGAGGCCUGCCUGGUGGAAAGUGGGCGUCCUAUAUAUUCUCACUGCACUGAAGCCUCCCUUCACAGCAGCUGAACGCCAGGAGUGCACACAGAGCACCUUUGGUUCAUUAAACAGACGUCUGAAGACUAUAAUUGUGCACAGUCGAUACAGAGUCACUUCCCCCACUCUAGUAAACAUUUCAGUGACAGCCACGCAGUAGCUGGUAAGCUGAUGUGCCAGGUAUCUAGCACUGGUGCGGCCACCGUCACGGAGCAGGGCUGUGGUCAGAAUUCCGGACCCAGCGCCCUUCUGUUUGAAAAACCUCUAAGAAGCUCCACAAUAGAGGGGCUACUGACCUUUUAAAUUUUUUUAUAAGAUUCAAUAUUCCUGAAAAGGCACCCAUUUUCUUCCUCAAAGAUUAUAGAUUUUGAAAAUGGGAUAGAGUGAACCACAUUUUAGUAAUGUUAGAAUAUUGGCUGAUGUAGACAAAAUGAUUCAAAUUUCCUCAUGAAAACACCAUGUGCUUUUGAUUAUUUUUCAUUUCAUUCUUUUAUUUGUACACCUUUUUAAAAUUUAAAUUUUUGCCUAGGUUUAUUUUUCACUUUCACAAGAUGAAAUCUGAUUUUUGAAAAUUCAUUACAAAAAAACUUUUUAUUAUUAUCAAUCAAGACUUUUUUAGCCCUAAAAGUUAAGCCUGUCCCUCACCCCGGUCCCACAUUUGAACCUUCCUCU